CGUAUCGCUUCAUGAAACUUUUUUCUUCGAUCCCCAAUCUUCUCUCUCGAUCGUGAAACCUUUGCUCUCCCCCUUCCCUGUUCCGUUUGAACAUCACUCUGAUCGACGAUCAUUCAUUACAACCCUCACUUCGUUUCAACAUUAACUCCCAUUUAUGGAUUCUCUUCGGCUUUCUCCUUUUCAUUCUUUAUAUAAAACACAGAAUCUCUGUUUCGUUUCGAUCAAACUCGGUUGUAAAUUCUCUCAGUCAUACAGCAAUGAGUUCCGACGGCAAAUCCAUGGUAUCUGGUGCUUCCAAAUCGGAGAAACCAAAAGGCGCGGCCACCGACUCCUUUCCCGGGACGACCAAGCUCAUCGGCGCUCCCCGUGACUCUUCCGUCCUCUCAGGCGGCAAUACCGGUGUCUCGAUCGGUCGAACUAACUCAAAGAAAUCUACUGGGUCGAUCGGUGAGACCGCGAAGUCCGGUUCCUCUUUAGGCGUUAAAGGCAAGGGCGCUAUCUCAUCUGUCAACAAAGGGAAGGCCGUCGUCACCGCCAACGGCGGAGAAGUGACAACUUUCAGACAUGCCAAAUUCGGACCGCAUGAACGCGAAGUGAGGUUCCGGUUGAUCCACUAUUGGGAAUCUCGAACUAUCAAGACGAAGCUGCUGCUCGGUCUCGAGAUGCUUCUCAUCGAUGAAGAGGGAACGGUUAUCCAAGGCUUCAUCCCAGCAGGGAAGAUGGAUACCUAUUUGCCACACCUGAAACCUGGUGGCCUUUACAGGCUCUAUAACUUUUUCGGGUCAUACAACAAGAAUCUUUAUCGGGUAGCCGAGCCAGAAGUGACCAUCACCUUCACAACGACUUCUGUCCUCACUGAUCUGGAUGACGACUCUGUUUGUAUCCCUGACGACCGUUUUCGAUUUCAUGGAUAUGCUGAGUUCGAGGCUGCCUGCGACCUGAAAGGGGAUCUAUAUGAUUGUAUUGGCCAUAUGAAGCUUGUGAAUGGCCAGGUUCUCAAUGACAGUCUCGUGGUAGAUGUCACCGAGAUAGCUUUAACUCGCCGAGUUCAGCUUCAUGUUCAGACACAUGAUGGUCCGGUGAUGAAGCUGUACCUGUGGGACGAGGCUGCCCUAAGCUUUGGUGAGAAAUUUAAAGCAUCUGGAGGAGCUGCAAGAGUUGUUUUGGUCACCACCUUGAACCCGAAACGAUUGGCUUUUGGAGGUGCCUUAGGUAUCUCUACUAUGGCUUCAUCGCGAGUAUUUCUUGACAACGAUGUUCAAGCAACCCGUGAUUAUCUCACUUGGUUGAACUCGAACCUAGCUGUUGCUAAUAGAGUUGAUGCAGCCGUUGUCACUAAGCGUGAAACAGUGACCAUAGGUGAACUCCUCUCCUAUAUGAAGCAUGCCGAUGCAAAGGUUGCUUGGUUUGAGUGCUUGGCAACCAUUGGUGAUGUUGUGCACGGUUCAGCAUGGUAUUACAUAGGUUGUGGUGGAUGCCACACCAAGGCAAUCAAAGGUGCUACCUCACUGAUGUGCAAAAAAUGUGGGAAAAGUGAUAUUGUUGGUGUUCCACAGUACCUAGCCAAGAUAUCUGUGUAUGACGAUGCCAACCAGGUCUUCUUUGUGCUCCUUGGCGAUGCUGGUCAAGAGCUGACUGGAAAGAAAGCCUCUGAGUUGGUUGAGAGUUAUUUUGAGGCCAAUGAGAAUGUGGGAACUGAUCAAUUAGUUCCGGUUCCUCAAGCUCUGCUUAGUACCAUUGGACAGUCUCGCAAGUUCAUUGUGAAGAUAUCAGAGCACAACUUGACUGGCAAGACACAGACCUUGACUGUGACAAAGGUGCUUCCUGUAGAAGAUCCGGAGCUUGAAGGUGAUUUAGAAGAAACUGUGGCUCUACCAGAUACCAAGCUCAUGGGAAUUGCUGAGAGUGGUUCAUCCGCAGUGUAUGAAGCGUCUGAUGGUGAGAGGGUUAAAAGGUCUGGUGAUGUUGUUGAUGUGGAAGAGCACAAGAGGGUCAAAUGUGGCUAAGAUAUGUGUCAACGGUUGUUCUGUGGUUACCAAUACUCUAUGUUUUGUUUUUUUCAUUUUCGGCCAUCAACUUUGCAACAUUGAACUGUUUUUUUUUAUACUCUCUGGUUGUUAAACUUUCUGUUUACUGGAAUUUAUCCAAGAUCGAAUUUUUAUAA